GGGUGAGGGGAGUUGAAUGAUUGAACUUUCUUGUGUAGUUUCUGCGGCGCGGAGGUGUCCGUCCCCGGCGCAGCCCGGUACCAGCCCAGCGAGCGGCAGCCAACUCACCCCGGCGCCCGCAGCCCCCCGCGCCCCCCGGCCGCCCCUCUGCCCUCCUCUCCCGCGGAGCGAUGGUGCGGAGGGCGCCCGGCGUGUCCCUCGCCCUGCUCCUCUGGGUGACGGCCGCCUGCGGCAGCCCCGACGGGCCGGGGGCCGCCGCCGCCGCCCGAAGGCAGGACGAGGCUUUCGCCGCCGCCAGAUGCACCUCCAGGUGCCUGAGCCUCCAGAUCACCCGCAUCUCCGCCUUCUUCAAGCAUUUCCAGAACAAUGGGUCACUUGCUUGGUGCCAGAAUCAUAAACAGUGUUCAAAGUGCCUGGAGCCCUGCAAAGAGUCCUGGGACCUGAAGAAAAACCAUUGCCAAAGCUUCUGUGAGCCUCUUUUCCCCAAGAAGAAUUAUGAAUGCCUAACUAGCUGUGAAUUCCUUAAGUACAUCCUGUCUGUGAAGCAAGGGGACUGCCCUGCACCUGAGAAGGCCAGUGGUUUUGCAGCUGCCUGUGUUGAAAGCUGUGAAGCUGAUAUUGAAUGUUCUGGAGUGAAGAAGUGCUGUUCCAAUGGAUGUGGUCACACGUGCCAAAUUCCAAAAAAUCUCUAUAAAGGUGUUCCACUUAAACCCCGGAAAGAAUUAAAAUUCAUAGAACAUCAGUCUGGAGACCUGGAGGUGAAGUGGUCUUCAAAGUUCAAUAUUUCCAUUGAGCCUGUGAUCUAUGUUGUUCAGAGGAGGUGGAAUCAAGGGAUCCAUCCAAGUGAGGAUGAUGCUACGAACUGGCAAACUGUGGCACAGACCACGGAGGAGCGCGUUCGGCUGCCGGACACCCGCGCCAGCCGCUGGUACCAGUUCCGCGUGGCCGCUGUGAACGUGCACGGCACCAGGGGCUUCACUGCGCCCAGCAAGCACUUCCGCUCCUCCCGAGAUCCAUCUGCUCCACCAGCUCCAUCUAAUAUCAGGAUUGCCAAUAUCAGUGCAAACAAUGAUGGGAGUGUAAAUGCAAUGAUUACUUGGGAUCUUCCAGAAGAGCCUGAUAUCCCAGUGCACCACUACAAAGUCUUCUGGAGCUGGACGUACAGCAAAUAUGUAAUUCCAGCAAAAAAAAAGAGAAGGAAGAUCACUGAUGGGGCCCAAAAUUAUGUGGUCCUGGAGGGGCUCCAACCCAACAGCAACUACAAUGUGGAGCUGCAGGCAGUGACACGUUGGGGUCAGAUACGCCUAAAAAGUGCAAAGGUUUCCCUCCAUUUUAGCACGACUCAGGACAUCAGGAAUAAUAAGGAACGGACACCAGCUGGGAAACCACAGAAAGGACUGGUAGAUCCUUACCCAGCCUUUCAAAGAAGGAAAACCACUCGUUUUCUUAAAAUUGGAACUCCCUUCUAUCAGGACAAUCAACUUCAGGUCAAAGUUUACUGGAAGAAGACAGAUAUCAGCAUGAAUCAAUUCCAGGUCCACUGGUUACUGGAGUCCUGUGCACACAAUGACACCAAAGGACUUAGGAAAGUAACAGAGCUGACUUACGAAAACUACAUUAUUCUGAAGGACCUGUCAUUUUCAUGCAAAUACAAAGUAACUGUUCUGCCUGCAAAAUCUAAAGGUCGUUUUAAGGCUGAGAGUACUUUCUUUGUUACCCCACCUUGCUCUGCGUUUAAAGAAAAAAAACACAAGCACAUUAAUUGUCCUGCUGAAGGAGUGCCAGUUCUACCCAAAGUGUUGGCCAAACCCGAGAAUCUGUCUGCAUCUUUCAUUGUUCAGGAAGGUAACAUCACUGGCCAUUUUUCCUGGAAGAUAUCUAAGGCAGACCUUCACCAGCCCAUGACAGGGUUUCAGGUCACUUGGGCAGAAGUGACCACAGAGAGCCGGCAGAACAGUUUGCCCAACAGCAUCAUUUCCCAGUCACAGAUACUGCCAGCAGAUCACUACAUCCUCACCGUGCCCAACCUGAGGCCCUCCAUGCUGUACCGCUUGGAAGUUCAGGUGCUGACGACUGGAGGGGAAGGGCCAGCCACGAUCAAGUCCUUCCGCACGCCCGACCUUCCUCCGUUUGCACCCCACAGACCUCAUCUGAAGCAGCAUCAUCCACAUCACUACAAGCCAUCCCCAGACAAAUAUUAGACUGUUUCAGAUGAUUAUACAAAUAACUGAGAGAAAAAAACUGAGCUCCCAAAUGAGGGCUGGGUAACAGCACAUCUCUUGGAGCAGUGAACCCAGUUUUCCAAUGGAAGCUAACAUCCUGUAGGAUCUGUAUCUACUUCUCUGUAGUUUAGACAUGAAGAAUUAUGUUUGCACCAUGACCAGGAUGAAUCAUACACCAAGUAUCAUUUCAGUACCAGCACUAUUCAACAAACUGAUGACCACAUCCAGCUCAACACCUGGGAGAAAAUAUUCAUUAUACUGUUCAUUAUAAUGUUUUUAUAUUCUGUGUUUAAAGUAGGUUAAAUGGUGCAGUGUAUACAGGUUUUUCUCUUAUUGAAUUCAAUGUUACUAUUUGCAAGGUCCUGUGAUGUAUACAUACUUUUGAAAAAUUGUCUCAUUAAUGGAUUUAAAUUAUCUAUUUUACUUAAAGCCCUGCCUGUCACCAAUUUAAGGUCUGGUGUAUUUUGCUAUUAAAGAAUAUCUCAAUUUGAAAUUAAUUAUCAUCAAUUAAUUAUAAUUAAUUAUUGAAAUUAAUUAUCUCAAUUAUCUCAGUCUGAAAUAAGCAAAUAAGUAAAAUGAAUACCAGUAGCAAAAACCUUGAAAUACCCAGUUUUUAAUAAUUGUAGUGUCACCAUGGAGGAUACAUAUGUAUUACCCAUCUGAUCUAAAGUGGUAAUGUUCUAUCAUGUAGAUCUUCUAUUAAUACAGUUAAUAGUUAAAGGAUAUACAGGGUAGAAACACCAUUGUAGAGAAACAAAUGACUAUUAAUAGAAUUGUUUAAAACUUAUGGCAAUGAAUGCAGUUAAUUAAUAGGUUCUAGAAGAAUAACUUUAAGCAUCUUACUUACAAUUUUUUGAUACAUAAUAUUUCAAGGUAUAAUAUUAUCUUGAAUACAAACACCAAUUUUCUAGUUAAAAAUCUGAAUAGUUAACAUUAAAGUUUUAGAAACUGAAAUUCUGAGGCACAUUUGUUAUUAUAGUAGCUGUAUAGCUACUUUUUGGCUUUGAAUUUUGAUGCACAUAUUUCUUUUCCCUGUGGAUCUUUAGAACAGAAGGAUGGAUGUAUUGGCUCUAUUUUGCUGUUCUGCUUACAGAAAGAAUUAUGUGACAAUAUUCUGGCAUCUGGAAAACAUUGGCUUAUAGUUUAUUUGAAUUCAUUUUUCAAAUUUAGACAGAAGGGUGCCCUUUUUAACCAUAAGGGAAUUCAUAUUGCCUUAUUGUGCAAUAUAAACUGUCUAGAAUAAUUUGUCACACAGAGACACAUGUCUCAAUAGUAAACAGAAACUGCUUGGAUUUAUUAUUGAGAGGGUGGAAAGUAUCUGCCAAUAAACAUCCGUACAAAUGCCCAUAAUCAGCUCUUAAUGUUCAAGAUGUUCAAAGUGCUCCUGAAUUCUUUGGCACUAUUUCCAUUGUCCCUUGAAUCAUCACACCAGACUAAUGUACCUCAAAACUUGACUCCAACUGGACAAAGUGGCCACUUUUCCUACCAGCAGAUGAUACAGACUCAUCUGUGCUUCAUAUUUUUCUGAGAUAUUCAAUAAGAGGAGCUUGGACAUUAGUGGUACAUGUAUUUGCCUUGUCUUGAUGACAAACUGUUUUGUGAAAAAGCAAGUAUGAAGAAAUACCUAUCUGAAACUGAGGAUCAGAGCUGUGUUUAUCAUAGAAUGUUCAUGAAAUAUUCAGUUUGCCUAUACUGAAGUUUACAGCUUUUAUACCACAGAGGGGAAGGAAUCUGCAUUAAUUUCUGAUCACUUGCUCAUUACAAUUUUUUUACAAUUUUACCUUCAGUUUUAAAGGGCUCUUUUGCAUUCUUUUCUAUUUUGGUUGCUGUGUUUUUAGAUAUUGGUCACUCUUGGUCUCUCACUUAGUGACCAAGGAUUUUCCCAGACUUUUUCUAUUGCUACAUGGUUUGCAAAGGCCUUUACCAAUAGGUUAAAAUAUAUUAAAGGUUAUGGUGCUUUGAAUUCCUUCCUCUAUUUUCCAAUAUGCAUUAGCAAAUUAGCAGAUGAGUUCUUGUUCCAAAAAUCUGUAGUAUAAAGGUUUAUUUUCAGUUUUCUUAGAAUGCGAGAGUCUGAGAUAUUUUUGUCAGGAUGAGAGUGUUUCAGUGUACAUUUUUACAAAGAAAACAAAAUUUGCAUUGGACUGGUGUGCAGCACUGCUUUCACAUUUGGAUUGCACAGGGCAUAAAUAAGUCUAAAAGUGAUCUUUGUAGUGUUUGCUGGAUCAGCAGGAUCAGGGAAAGUAAUUACCUCAGUCUUCUCUGAAGAAUUCUGUGCAAACCUUUCAAUCACAGUCUGUUCUACUUGUGCUGGAUCAAAUUGACACUGACUUGAUUAGUGUUAAUGAAAUUACAUUUCAUUCAUAGUGGCACUGUAAAGAAUAGAUGUUGCUCUUUGGUACAAUGAUGCCAAUUCACUGGAGAUAAGCAGUAAAUUAGGAGCCCUGAGUCCUCAUGAAAUCAUCCUUCUGUGAAGAAUCAAAAUGGUUUCUGUUUGCUGGUGCCAUUCUCUCUGAGACAUUCUUCUGUUCAAAGUAACAGUACUUUUAAGAACACUGAGAGGUUUCCCCUUCUGAACUAGAUUGAUCAAAACCAAAAGCUGAAAGUAGAAGUCUAGUGAUCAAGUGUAUUAUAUUGAGUCCACUAGGAUGUAAAUUAUUUUUUUCCUUCUACAAAUGAUCUUAUCAACUCACCUUUUAAGUCACCCUCCAAAUCAAAAAUGAAAAAUACAAAGUCAACAGAGCUCAUGGAUGGAUGUUAAAUUUCCUUUAAAUUAAAUUAAAUUUCAGUGAUUUUCUGAUUAUUUUUUUAAAUUAGCACUACAGAUUUGAAGUUUUUAGUGCCUAAUUCUAAAGCUUUGUUUGCUGAAUCACGCAGGGUAUUGUCCUAAUUUACUAGACUAAGCCACGUUAAACAUUUAAUUCAGCAAUAGAGUUGCAAUUUGCUACUUAAUUCCCUAGUUAAAGAUUUAUUUUCUCUAAUGAUGUUGUGUAAUUCAGAGUUAAUAUUGGGAGGAUAUUAGAGAUACUGGGAUGUUUUAAGAUACUCUGCACCUUUACACUAAUGUAUUAUUUACUGUGCACGAUUCUGAUGGAUUUGUCAGUUGAAUUCAGGAUGCAUUUUGUUUAUCUUUAUUUCUUAAAGGAGAAUUAUAAGAUUAUGCUAUUUUUGCUAACUGCUUUGUGAAGUGAUUUUUUUGUUCGCUGGUGAUUUUUGUGUAAGAAAAAAAUGGUUUGUUCUUGUUAUAUCUUUUUUUUUUUUUGUUGACCAUUUUUGAGUUGUUUAUAGAGCAGGAGAAAAUAAGACAGAACUUGUGCUGUAUCAUCCAUGUGCAUCAACUUGAAUAUUCAUUAAGCAUAUAGCACACAGACAAUAAGUAAGAAGUCUGAUUCUUUAAAUGCAGAACAUCCUCAGCUUAGGGCUUCAGAAGGAGCUGAGGACCUGGUGUGGCAAUGCUGAUACUGACACUGAUAUUUGGCAUGGUCACACACAAAGUAAUUUCUAAUGUGAGUGGGAAUUUGGCAAUUCUGCUAAUUGUUAUUAGCAGAACUGUAUAGAAAACUUAACAGUGAGUCUAUUUUGCAAUACUUUCAUCUCCAUACUCCCAGUUGCAGUCAGGGAGAGUUUCCAAUAAGCAGGUCCUGAUUCAGGAAGGUUGGCACAAGGGAAAUCAGUGGCAUGGAAAUAAACCUGUGCAGUAAAGAACGAGCUUUAGUGAUGCUUCAAAUCAAGCAUCAAGCAUGGAUGUCAGAGUUUGUUUGUUUGAAUAAUGUCUUAAAUCAGGGCCUUGUAAAACAAAGUGGGGGAACCAGACAGUUCUAAAUUCUGUGUAAAACACCAUGAAAAAUUUUAUUUUUGUGUAUAUGUAAAUGUCAUAGUGAUAUUGACUUAUUUAUUAAUUCAUUUUCUUAUACUAUGUGCCAAGUAUGUUCCUACCCUUUUGAUCAGUACCUGUGAACAUCAAUUACUAAAAAUAAUGUUAUGCAGAACUUGUGCAUUUUAACCAGGAAUAUGCUACUAAUAAUCUGUUGCAUGUAGUUUUUCAAUGAUUAAAAAAACCCUUUAUUUAAAAAAAUGUAAAUGGAUACCUGCAGAUGUUGAUGAUUAUAUGUGGGUUUGCAUGCCAAAACUCAUUGUUCAGUUGUGGGCAUGAAAUGUAACGACUGUAUUACCUCUACUGAUAUAUUAGUAAGGUACUAUUUACAAAGUAAUUAACAGAGCUCUAUAUGUAAAUUUUUUCCUUUUUACUUAAUUAUAUUGUACUAAAGGUAACAAAUGCUUCUCUGUUACCCAAAUUGGCUGUAGAAAUUACGUUCCUAUAACAGUCAUUUAAAGUCAAUAUUUAUUUAUGUAUGUAAUACAAAAAGAUUGGUCUUAUGUGUUUGUCCUGUUAUUUAGAGAAAAAAUAUACACUUGUAAAAACAUUUUGUAAAAAAAUACAAAUGUAAAUAGAGUCUGAUUUCUUUUACUCACUAUUUUCAUGUUUAGAAUUUGUACAUACUGUUUAUGUAAUAAACUAUCCUACAUCAAAAUAUUGCUACAUUAUCUCCUCCAUACAGAGUUUAGAAUUUUGCUUCUCUUGAGUCGAAGAGGUAGAGCCAUCUAAGAAAAAUCAGUGUCAUACCAAGUACCUCUGCUUCAUCUAAAUUUCAUUGUGUCUGAAGUCAUACCAUUUUACCGUGUCUUUACUACAACAUUUUGUUUUCUUUAGAUAGUCUUCAAAAUAAUGUGAAAAUAAAAUUAAAUAUUAUUUGAGUCAUUUACAUUUAAACCAAUAGUAGAAGUAAAAAGUCAUGCAUAAGAGCUUGCCCUUUCUCUAGCCUAACUGGAUAGUUCAUAGUGAAGAUUUGUUGAUCCUUUUGUUUUGCUAACUUAAAUUAAUUAAGUUGCUGGAUCUUUGCCAGUGGCUUGAUCCUGCAAGCCAAAAUUUUCAUGACUGAAACUCAUGGUGAGUCUGUGUAUGCACUAGAUUUGGAGUGUUUUCUGUUCUAAAGUGCAGUAUCCUAUGGUUUAAAUUUUGUAUUUUUAACAAAUAUAAAUAUCUGUCUUAGUACAAAAAUUUAAUUGUUUCAAAUUUUCAUAGAUGCACUGUUAUUCUCAGGUGCAAUAUCCUUAGUUCGGAGAUGCACCUUUGAGUACCUCUUGACUUACCUAAUAAAUAUUUCUUUUUUGUUAACUUGAUCAAAAUCUCCAAAAUUUCCUGGUAUUUCUAUCUCAUUAGAAUAACUGCUUACAUUUCUAGUUUUGAUUUUCUUCUUACAUAAAUGAGUAAUAUUUAGAACCCCCCCCCAUUUUUAAAUUUUUCUGCAAGUGAGACAAUUUCUGUAAUAUUUGCUGUUGUGGUUCAAUAAAGCCAGAUAAAAAUGCUAUAUCACCUGAAAAGGUGAAUGGGUAAGUUGUCAGAAUAAAUGGUUGAGCUGUUCUAUACGAUGUAAUUCAGAAUAGCAAUUCAUUUUUUCUUUCCAUGUCCUCAAAGAAAUAUUUUAUUCUACAUUGGAAUAAAGGACACAAUGACUGGAUUAAAUAAAGCAUAUGAAAUAAAGCAAAUUUACUACA